AUGGAUUCCGAAGAAGGACGCCUCGACCAAGGCGAUGAGCCCGAACCCGACGGGGACGCUGAGGCCGAGGCAUGCCUGCAUGAGUAUUCGGCACAAGCUCCCGAUCGCACCACCUCAGUAUAUGUGAAUAUUCACAGGGUGCGACGUCUCGUGCUCGCAAGUAUAGAUGACCCUUACACCAUGGAGCACUUCCGCCAGCCCAACCUCAACGCCCUCAUUGUUCGGCCACUUGUCGACCGGCUCUAUGACAGCAGGGACAACUCUAUAGUGUACUGCCUGCUCGCGAACCGUGUCCAUUUUCUGCGAGAGCAAGCCGGGCUUCGCAACCAGAGCGUUAAUGCUGCUCGAGCUGCCCUGUGCGAGCUUGUCGCGAGCCGCAUCCUGCGCCGCUACCACGAGGACAACCCCGACGACACGGGCCUGUUGCUCCUCGCUCAUGUCCUGGUGGAGGGCUACGAUCCCUUCCAGGGAGCGCCGCAAGAUGUCGAGGCGGAAUGGAGGCACGUGCAGUGGCCGAUCCAGGAGCGUCCCGGCCACGAGCGCCAGUUUACCGCGCUGGAGCUGGCCAUCAUCUCAGAGAGCAAAUCGCUCAUUGGCACCGCGGCGUGCCAGCGCCUCGUCGAUGCCAUCCACAAGGGGCAGGUGACCUACACGCCGCUCUCGUUUGUCGAUGUUUUGCCGGACCACUACAAGCAUCUGCCAAUCUCCAUCUACAACCCGCGGCAUUCGCGUCUUCUCAACCACUACCGACUGAUUGUGCCGCGCGUGCGCACAAUCAUUGAGUUUGUGCAGAUCAUCCUGCUCCUCGUCUUGUAUAUCCUCACCAUGCUUGAUCGCCAUACCCGAAAUAGUUGGUGGGAGAUAAUGUUCUCCAUAUACACUGCUGGUUGGGUGCUGCAAGAAUUUGCCGCCAUUUUGGAGCAUGGCUGGGAAGUGCACGCACAGAGCCUGUGGUCGUUCCUCGACAUUAGCUUCGUUGCGAUAUAUGUCGCGUACUUCCUCACACGAAUAUACGACAUUUUUAUCGGCAAGAUUGCGGAUGGCUAUGGUUUGCACAUUCUCUGCCUCGCCGCGCCGAUUCUCCUCACUCGCGUGGCGUUCAACAUCAUGCCCAACAACAUUGUCUUCAUCUCACUGCACGCAAUGAUGAAGGAUUUCACAGUCUUGACGUUUCUCGCAUUUUGGUGCUUCACUGGAUUUCUUUUGGCGCUCAUGUGGCUCAUUACAGCAGAGCAGAUUGAGACGGGCGACACGCCGAGCUGGGCAACUGUGUGCAAGUGGCUGCUCUGGAUCUGGUUUGGUCUCGACGGAACGGGCAUUGGCGAGUCAACGCAGUUCCACAUCGUGUUCGGUCCUGCAUUGAUGAUUGGCUUUGCAUUUCUGGGCAACACGCUCUUCCUCACGAUUCUGGUUGCCAUACUGACGAAUACAUUUUCACGAAUCAUUGCCAAUGAAGGCGCCGAGAUUCGCUUCCGACGCACCGUUCUAACUUUUGAGAGCGUCAAGAGCGACUCCAUAUUCGCCUAUCCUCCGCCUUUUAACAUUGCCGCCAUGAUCCUGCUGCUGCCUCUCAAGCUGUUUGUUAGCGGUCGGACGUUCCACACCAUCAAUGUGUUUCUCAUUCGGGCGCUAAACGCUCCUGUGCUUAUCCUCAUCACGCUGCUCGAACGGCGGAGCUGGAAAUCUGCAAACAGACCAAGGAGGACAAAGAAGCCGUCGUGGCUCAGUUGGCAAUUCGCAGGAUUUUUUCCCCACGGCGAUAUUCCCGCCGUCUUCAAUGCAGAGCCGCCGGCCGACUUGGUCUCCAAAAUUGAUCAGCUCGACCCGCUCGAGGAAGUACCCGUCCUGGAGGAUGAUGUGAUUGCCAGUUCCCGGCGGGAGUUGACGCAGGCUAGGCUGCGACGCUCCACGAUGGCGCAUUGA